AUGGCAUCCAUCCCCUCACUCCCCGCAAUCCUAACCCCCGCCCUGAGCAGCCGCGACGCCAUCGCCGACACACUCUAUCGCUGCGUCCUCGGGCUGGACACGAGCGACCCCGCCCUUUUUGACUCAGCCUUUACCUCCACCGCGACGUUCUCCAUCAACGGCAAGGUCUCCUCGGGCCUUCCCGCCAUCCACACCGACUGCUUCGACGUGAUCAGCAAGCUGGACACCACACACUUCGUCACCAACAUCCGCAUCAAUAUCGACGACAGUGGCGUGAAGGCUGCAGCGACUGCCUCGUCGCUCGCGCAGCACUACAGCGGUGGGAAGGGACUUGAGCCUGGUCAGCCGCGUCUGCUGACUGGGGCGCAGUAUUAUGCUGAUUUGGUGAAGGAUGAGGGGAGUGGGCUGUGGAAGAUUGAGGUCUUUAAGAUGACGACGUCUUGGGCGGAGGGUGAUUGGGCAGUGAUCAACGGAAAUUGA